AUGGCAUCUCCUCAAUCUGAACGUUUAGCAAUUGGUGCUGCCAUCUUCGAAAGAAAAUUAAACGAUAUCGAUAAACGAACUGAUAUUUUGAAUGAGCAAUUAAACAAAAUAACAGCAACAUGUGAAAAAAUCGUCGAAUUUCACAGGCAAUUUGAAAAGUUUAUGAAAGAUAAGGCGCUCCAAAUUCAGAAUGCAAGCAGCAUCAAACAUACAUCAUUCGAUGCAAAAUUUUACGCUCAUCAUGAAUAUCUUAGUUAA